AUGCUGACUUCAGAACUUCCUCCAACAGCCAUUGCCCAGAUGCCUGCCGUUUUCCAGCUGCCGCCUGUUCGUGCACUUAUCGAGGAAGUGGAGACGUUUUUAGCCUUGAAUCCGGAUGCCCAUCGAACGGUCAAUCAGAACGCCAGAGAUGUUACGGCCAGAGAGCAGCAAGUCGCCAGGCCUCUGCCCAAACUGAAAGAACGAUCUAGCCCUUAUUCAAAACGACACGCAAGACGGCUUUCUGCAGCUAAGGGAAACAGUCUCCAUACGCCGAACUCUGUUGUGAUGGCUCUUCACCCGGUACCGACACGGAGGGAAGCAAUACAAGUAGACAUGCAGAGACUAGACGUCAGCGGGGAUCUCGCUUCCGUGACGUCAUUAAUGCGGUCCAUUGAGAGGCGCAACUCGAGUGACCAGCAAAUCGACCGCGCUCUGCGAUCACAAAUCUGUCCCAGAAGCCCAGCGUCUCUACUUGCCUACCUCAGUGGACAGUCCAACUCUCCUAGCCACGUCGAAGCGUGUGCCUAUCCCUAUCUGCAACCGUCGUGCUUCACCAGUAGCAAUCAGAUUUACGAGUCCAAAACGCCAAUACCUCAUUGUCCUCGACGCUGCUCCGCCACCAUCUGCGUCUCCGCCCCAGACGAGUCGCCAAAUAAGCUGGUAUUCCCCUCUGACUGGUCACAUACAGGGCUGGAUCGGACAUCGAUUUGCGUACCCGCCACCGAUCGCAUGGUGUACUUCCAGUCGACCGAGCCAUCCGAAGAGGACGUUGGUGUACCGCUUUUUGUCAUCGAGAGGUUUCCGCAAGGGAUGAUAGGCGGGAAGCAGGAUCUUUCUACGUACAUCGAUGCCAUGUUUCUGAAGGGCACCUGUGUUCCAGUUCGACGGAUGCACCACAGUCACGAGAACUGUUCGACUAUCUUGCCGAUGUGGGCCGAUCACGAGAGCACGACUAGGGCUUGA